AGGGGUCUCAUGUAUCAACCUUGCGUACGCACAAAAACUUUGCGUACGCCAGCUUUCACGCUCACGGUCGGAUGUACUAACAGUGAAAUUAACGCAAGAAUGUGCGUUCCUCCAAGCCAAUUUCAUGUCUGGCGUACGUUCAUUUCUCAUUGUUUUUGUCCGUUGGCGACUCUUACAGGCAAUAAAGUGAAGUUGCAAACAUUACACAACAAAUUGUUCUACAAGUCUCGGACCACCACCUGUGGGAAGCAUUGCAAUUAAUUUGCAAUUUAUAAAAUAAUUGACAUAUAUUGUCACACGAGCCUUUUUAUAAUUAUAUAAAUUAUGCAAUUAAAUAAGAACAUAUAAAAGCAUAACGGUUGAAACAACCCUUAGUCUAUGGCAAUGGCAGCGUUGGCCUUAUUAGAGGACAUUGCUAAUGGCAGAAUCAGAAGAGAACGAGUUUUUAGGGACCACAAUGAUUUUCUGGCCCAGGAUGAUGACUGGCUUAUCAGCCGUUUCAGAUUUCCAAGGGCUGUCCUCUUGGAGCUCUGUGCUGAGUUGGGUCCGAAUCUAGAGAGAGAGACAAUGAGGAGCCACGCAAUACCCGUUCCCUUGCAGGUGCUGACAACACUUGGUUUCCUGGCAACUGGUUCUUUCCAAAGGGAACUGGCAGACCGCUCAGGAAUAAGCCAGUCGUCUUUGAGCCGGGCAAUGCCAGUGGUAUGGGACGGGAUCAUCCGCAUGUCUGCCAGGUAUAUCAGGUUCCCAUAUGAUGCAUUUGACCAGCCAAACAUUAAAAUGCAAUUUGCAGCGAUAGCCGGUUUUCCUAAUGUUAUCGGAGCGAUCGACUGCACACACAUUGCUAUAAAGGCGCCAUCUGAAGAAGAAUUUGCAUAUGUGAAUCGGAAACAUUUCCAUUCAAUAAAUGUGCAGAUAAUAUGUGAUGCACAAAUGCGCCUAACAAAUAUUGUGGCAAGGUGGCCUGGGUCAACCCAUGAUUCAUACAUCCUUACAAACAGCAUGGUUGGGAUGAGGCUCCAAGCUGGCAGGGUGCGUGAUGGGUGGCUUCUUGGAGACCGCGGUUAUCCACUAAAGACGUGGCUUUUAACCCCCCUCACCAACCCACAAACUGACCGAGAGCGCAGAUACAAUAAUGCCCAUUCUCGCACUCGUUCAGUUGUAGAGCGGGCGAUUGGGCAGCUGAAAUGUCGGUGGCGCUGCCUUGACAGGACUGGGGGGAUGUUGUUAUACCGCCCUGACAAGGUGUGCCGCAUUGUGCUGGCCUGUGGUGUGCUGCACAAUGUCGCGCAUAGGCAUGGCAUACCACUUGGUGAGGUGGCAGCACCGCCAGAUGACCCCGACCCAGGACCAAUUUAUGUGCAGCCCAACCAACAAGCCGUUCAUGCCCGCCAACAUGUGAUUGCGACAAUAUAAAUGGUGACUGUUAAUUUCCCCGAUGGCCAUAAUGAUUUGCUGUUGUGACUCCAAAACAGCAUGUGUCAAGACGCGACCAGACGGACGGGCGUCAGCACUGGGGAGAGCACUGGAAACGCUG